AACCAGAUUGUUUUAGCCCCCUUCUAGGAUGAGAUCAACUUGCCUAUGAAAAGAAAGGACUAUAUUUAAAGGAAAAGCUACAGCCAUGCCCAUGCUGUGUCUAUUGCUCUGUGUGCUGUGUUGGAGCCAUUCAGAUGUGGCUGCCCUUGGUUCAGUUGUGGAGAAUGAGGAUGCACUCUUGAGACACUUAUUUCAAGGCUAUCAGAAAUGGGUCCGUCCUGUGGAAAACUCCAAUGACACCAUCAAAGUCCUCUUUGGGUUAAAGAUAUCACAGCUUGUGGAUGUGGAUGAGAAGAACCAGCUGAUGACGACCAACGUGUGGCUGAAACAGGAAUGGAUGGACCACAAGCUCUCCUGGAGUCCAGAGGAAUAUGGUGGGAUCACUGCUAUCCGUGUCCCUUCUGAGUCCUUGUGGCUUCCUGACAUUGUUCUGUUUGAAAAUGCUGAUGGACGUUUUGAAGGGUCCCUGAUGACCAAAGCCAUAGUGAAAUACAAUGGAGUGGUGACCUGGACACCACCAGCCAGCUACAAAAGCUCCUGCACGAUGGACGUAACCUUCUUCCCCUUCGACAGGCAGAACUGUUCCAUGAAAUUUGGAUCAUGGACAUACGAUGGCAGUAUGGUGGACUUGAUUCUAGUGGAUGAAAAUGUAGACAGGAAAGACUUCUUUGAUAAUGGGGAGUGGGAGAUCUUAAAUGCCAAAGGUAUGAAAGGCAACAGGAAGGAUGGGCUGUACUCUUACCCAUUUGUCACUUACUCCUUUGUGUUGAGACGCCUUCCACUGUUCUACACUCUUUUCUUAAUAAUUCCCUGCCUAGGAUUGUCUUUUCUAACUGUCCUAGUGUUUUACCUGCCCUCAGAUGAAGGAGAAAAGCUCUCAUUGUCCACUUCAGUUCUAGUCUCCCUCACUGUUUUCCUUUUAGUGAUUGAGGAAAUAAUCCCUUCUUCUUCCAAAGUCAUCCCUCUGAUUGGUGAGUAUCUACUGUUCAUCAUGAUUUUUGUGACCCUUUCUAUCAUUGUGACUGUCUUUGUUAUCAACGUCCACCACCGCUCCUCAGCAACCUACCAUCCCAUGGCUCCCUGGGUUAAAAGACUCUUCCUCCAGAAGCUGCCUCGGCUGCUCUGCAUGAAGGGACAUGUAGACCGUUAUUCUUUCUCAGACACUGAGGAAAAGGAAACCACCUUGAAAUCAAAACUCCCAGGAAAGCAGAAACACAAGCAAGCAAAAGAUGGAGAGAAGAUCGUGAUUGCCUUUUUGGAAAAGGCAGCUGAUUCCAUUCGGUACAUUUCCAGGCAUGUCAAAAAGGAGCACUUCAUCAGGCAGGUUGUCCAAGACUGGAAAUUUGUAGCUCAAGUCCUGGAUCGGAUCUUCCUGUGGUUAUUCCUGGUGGUGUCAGUGGUGGGUUCAGUUCUCAUCUUCACCCCUGCGUUACAGAUGUGGCUGAAUAGCACCUUGUAGAAAACGCUCCCACACUGACAUACAGCAAGCCCAAUGAUGUGGGAUAGUGGUGCCUUUGAGACUGGUUUCUGUUCUUCAGGAUGGGAAGCAGUGCAAGAGCAAGAGAAGGUGAUGUUAGCAACAGGCAUUGGUUACUACUUCCUGCAUGUGGCUGUGACUGUUACAACCUUGGUGGAGACUGGAGAAGGGCUCGGUGAACAGCAGAAUCCAAAAUUGAAUUGGGGAUGCAUAAAUGAGUUAUAAGUAUUUUACUAGUAGUUCGGUUAUAAUAGAAUAUUAUUAUAUUGUUAUUUAUAUUAUAUUGCCGGGAUUAUUAGUUAUACUUGGGGAUAGUAGUUCUGGCACAACCAUUAUGUGUAAUGAGCAGACGUGUCAGUUAAAAUACUACUUAAUUAAAGAAAUUAGAGUAUAGUAGCAACAUUGUGCUCAGUUCUCAGUGCACAGUAGCAAGUCAGUAUUCAGUUUAUCUACAUUACCAAGUGAAAACCACAAAGUCUUUACAGAUAGCUUUUACAUGUAUCAGAACUGGCAGUUAUAUAGCAUGUACAUUAGAAAAAAAGCGUGAACAACUUUUAGAUGGGAUACCCAAAACCUCUACUCUGUGGCCAUACCUUCAGGACCAGCUCAAGCACGGCAGAACUUAGAACUUAGCCCACCCACUACCAACCUCUACAGCAUGCACAUUUUGUCUCUCCUCUUGGCCAUCAGGAAGUUGCAUUAUUAUAAUUCUGUAUAGUAUUCAUUUUUGCCUCAUGCUGUGGAAGAUAAUUAAAGGCUGAACAAGUGAGGGCUUUUCCCAUGCUCCUCCACGUUUGGAAACUAUGAUUCCCGCACCUGCAUGUUCACAGGUCUGGAAGAUCACCUGGAGGACAUCUGCUGAAGGCCCACAACCAUGCUGCUCCAAGUGGCAACAAAGAUCUUCCAAAGUAAUUCAGUUGGAGGAGAUGCAAGAUCAUCUGUGGCAAAUGAAGCUUGUCACUGGUGCAGAAGUGUUUUUCUCCUAAGAGCUGUGGGGUGUGUUGGCUGCCAGAAGGGUACAUCUUUGGUGUUGGCUUGUCCAUGUUUCUCAGUCAGUUCAGAAUUUCGUUGCUUUGACGCAUUUAAAUGGAAUCCUUCUGCAUUAUUAGAAGAGAAAAUGCACAGGUGAAGGUCUCCUCUACAUUCCCUGGGACAAUGCUUUGCCAUCAUUACAUCCUUUUGAAAACUUCUCUCAGAAUUUGUAGGCAUUUUUGAGGCUAACAAGUGGUUGGAAAUCCAAUUUCUGACAACAUAACUGUAAACCUGUUGCUAAAGCUUUAGUUAACCUUGAAACUUUCUAAGGGUGGAGGUCAGAAGGUGUUUAAAAUAUCCAAAGGUAUUGAUGUGUUGUAUGACAUGUGCACGCCAGGCUCUGUAAGUUCAGAUCAUCCCAUCUUGUUUCAUCACUGAAGUU